AUGGAGGUGCAGAGCAACCUGCUGGCCGAGGACCGCUCGAGGAUGCUGAGGUACUUCGAGGGGCCCGAGUUCAAGAAGGUUGCGCUGGUGGUCGUGGGCGAGCCGCCGGCCGCCUACAAGGCUAAAGUCCAGGAGAUGCUCCUUAAGGACAAGAGGAUCCGCCGGGGAAGCGGGCCGAUGUGGCCAAGGACGCCAAGGACGGCAAGGCGGAGGACGGGCGCGGAGGAGGGCGCUGCGAAGGCCGAGGUGGCCGUGGAGCUCUCCGCGGAGGAGAAGAAGCUGUGGUUCCGAAAAGGCGAGGCCGACGACCUUCACAAGAGGGACGAUCUCGGUCAGCACUUCAGCAGCUUCUCAAUCCCCACCAAGGACAGAGGAGGGCUUCGACGAGGUAAGGUACGUCUGGCAGAACGAGGAGGCCUGCGGCGAGUACCUGAAGAGCUGGAUCACCGAGCGGAAGCUGCUGAUGCGAGUGGAGGACCUGAACCCCGGCCAGUGGUUCAAGGAGACCC